UAUGAGAUACGUCUGCCGUAUCCUGAUCAUCCAGACAGAUUUGAUUCUUGGAGCAUGGCGCUGUGUAGAGAGAGUGUGACUGGACGCUGUUACUGGGAGGUGGAGUGGGUUGGUGAUGGGGGAUCAGGAGUAGAUAUAGGAGUGACAUAUAAGAGCAUCAGCAGGAAGGGAGGUGGUCCUGAGAGUGCAGUUGGACGUAACAAUCAAUCCUGGAGUUUGUUCUGCUCUCCAGACUACUGCUCAUUCUGGCACAAUAACAUUGAGACUGUCCUUCCUGUAGUCAAUAUCUCCAAUACAAUAGGAGUGUAUGUGGAUCACAGCGCAGGGAUUUUGUCCUUCUACAGUGUCUCUGAUACAAUGAGUCUCAUCCACAGAGUCCAGACCACAUUCACUCAGCCGCUCUGUGCUGUGUUUGGAUUUGAUAGACAGACAGCGGUGAAACUGUCUAGACGAUUAAACAAUCCAGAUGUUUUACAUAUUCUUAAUCCAGAUAUUCUACAGGCUUUGUUACUUCGCAGAAUGAUGAUGUCAUGAGGUGUAUUU